AUGUACCGGAACCAGCGACUACACAUAGGGAUGUGCGUAUGGAUGGAGGUAAGUAACGUGUCUUUACCACCAUGCAUCACCCAAGACGUGUCUUCACCAUCAUGCAUCACUAAAGACGUGUAUUCGCCACCAUGCAUCACUCAAGCUGUGUCUUCGCCACCACGCAUCACUCAAAAUGUGUCUUCACCACCAUGCAUCACUCAAGAUGUGUCUUCACCACCAUGCAUCACUCAAGAUGUGUCUUCACCACCAUGCAUCACUCAAGAUGUGUCUUCACCACCAUGCAUCACUCAAGCUGUGUCUUCACCACCACGCAUCACUCAAAAUGUGUCUUCACCACCAUGCAUCACUCAAGAUGUGUCUUCACCACCAUGCAUCACUUAA